GAUGUUCUCCAGAUCGCUGUGCAGGCUUUCCUGAGGAUGAAGAAAGUCAAUCUUUCCCCCAGCUGCCUCUUUGUCCACCAAAAUGUGGGAGAAGCAACUGCCAAGGAGCAGAACAUGGAAGGCCAAAGGCGUUUGCAAGAAAAGCUGGAUGAAAUGACCGUGAUAGCUGCUCAGCAGGAAUUCUGUGACAUCUUGUCCUUCAGUGAUGUCAUUGGCUUUGAUGUGAAUACCCACAUUCACUACUUUGCUCACCUGUGGGAAGGAAACCCCCCAAUGGCACCACCCAACCCCACCUACAGCCAGAAUGUCCAGCAACUAAAGAGCAAAAUCCUCCAGGCUGCCAAGAAGCAGUCGCAGCACAGCAUUUUGAGGCUCUCGAGCCUGAAAGAUCGUAUUGGUGACCUCUGGAAUGCUUUGCUGAAUGAAAACUUUGUUUUCAGCUUCAAGAAUUCCCUGGAGAUUGCUGUGUACAGGAAACUGGAAAGUGCCUUUAGUCGGUGGACCUGGAAGCUGAGGAGUCACAUCUUAGACGUGCAGACAGGACUGGACAACCGAAUUCGGAAUGGGGACUUGCAGAAUGUCACCAGAAAAGACCUUGAAGAGCUGGUGCAAAAGACAAUUGGUGGCAUUGAGAACGAAGUGGAGAAGUAUUUCAGGGAAGACAAAGACCAUGAGACACUGGUCCAGUGGAAAUCAGGCACAGAGCUGAAGCUGAAAGAACUAAAAGAGACUCUUCUCCAUGAAACGGAGAAGAAAUGUGAGAGUCUUAUAGAGCUACAGAAGGAGCAGAGGAAACUGGAUGCAAGGAAGUUGGAAUAUGAAGAUGAGCUGCUGAGAAGGAGUAGGGAGCUGGCUGUGACUCUGAAAGGGAAGAGCCUGAGUGAGAGAGAACUGAGAGACAACUUCACUCUUGUCUGGAACAAGUGGAUUGCCGAAGUCUCCAGUGCUGCACAUCCUCAGGAACGGGUGAAUAUCGAUGCAGAGAUUGAAGAAGUCCUUCUAGAGCACUUUAAGGAGCCAGGUUUCCAUGCACGGAUCACAUCAUUUCCCAAAGGCAGUGGAUUUUCUUUCGACUUAGAGAAACAUGUCAUGAGAAGAAAAUAUUUUGGCUUUAUCUCAGAUCCCAGGAGCAUUUCCAGUGAUGAUGUUAUCAACUUGCAGCACAUUACAGACAACAUCAUAGCGUGUGUCAAGGCAAACAUUGAUAAGAAGGAACAGGAGAAACAGGAUUACAGUAGAAAUUUUAUCCAUGAAAUACUCAAUGAAGUACAGAACGGUGUGAACUCCGUCCCCAGCCAUGCCAAAUGUAUUUUUAACAGAGAGUACAGCAUAGCUUUGUCUCUGUAUCUGUGCAAAAUGGCAGGGGAAAGGUUUAAAGCCAUGCACGAAGCAUUCCAAAAGGCAAAUGACCCAGUUGUGUACCUGAGCAGCAAGAGAGAAGAGUUCUUCCAAUGUUUCCAGAUGUCCUGCCAAGGAGCCUCUCCGAUCUCAACUUUUGCUGUUUUCCUUUGUGACAAGAUUGAAGCGGCUCUUCGCCGGGCGGUCUGUGAGAGGACAGCUAAAGCCAUCGCUGAGGACAUGCAGGGCAAAUUCCCAGAUUUCAGGGGCAACAGAGCCAAUCUGGAAAUUUGCAUCCUGAGAUACCUGGCAGAACAAGAAAAUUUUGAGUAUUUCAAGGAUUACCUUAAUUUCCCAGAAAGAUUUUUUGAAAGAUACAUUGAAACACAAGUUUAGAAUUACUGUUUAGGUAAGAGUGGGAGACUAGAGAACUUUUUAGAUUGCUCCCUUAAUCUUCUCUAUCGAAACAUCCUGUCAGCUGUUUCUUUAUCAACCCAAAUUGUCCAAGACAGAAAAGACGGAGAGGGCAAAGUCUCUCUUUGGCUGGAUGAAUUUUGCAGGGAACUGACAGAGGUGAUCAACUUGCCCAGAAGUGACCUGAAGGGCAUUGAGCACCAAGAGGUCAAAGAUACUGAGUUCCUGAGGAGUGCCAUGGCAGAAGCUCUGGAUGACCUGAGGGACAGGCUCAGGAAAGAAUUUGCUGGUGCUGAUAUGAGCUUGUUUUCAUCACAGCCUCACACCAUCCUGGUGGAGCAGUUUUCGGGGUGCUGGGAGCAGUGUCCCUUUUGUGGGGCUGUCUGCACAAACACCAUGCAGGGACAUGAUGGGGACCAUCAGCUGGUCUUCCAUCGCCCACGAGCUUUAGUGGGAGCCAGGUGUUAUGAAACAGACGAGCUGGUCAUUGAUAUUUGUUCCAGCCUUGUCGCAAGCGAUGUCUUAUUCAAAAUUGGUAACAGUGAAUGGAUUCCUUAUAGGACAUACCGUGAUGCUGGACCCCGUUUUUCCAGUUGGAACAUUCUUCCUGAUUCAUCUAUGCAGGCAUACUGGAAAUGGUUUGUGUCUCAUUUCAGGACACAGCUGGAAGCUUUGUACAAUGGUAAAUUUCAGGGCAAAGGAGAAAUCCCUGAGGCAUGGCAGAGAAUUUCCAAGCAAGAAGCAUUGGCCGAGCUGGACAGGCGUUAGACCACAUCCAUGGGGAGGAAGAACCACCAGGGCUUUGCAGUUCAGGAGAACUUUGUACCAGGCUCUCCACAAAUUCAGUUACAAUGGUGACGCUCUCAAGCCAAAUGAAGAGGAUGGUAUCCAACUUCUCCCAGGUUUGGUGAAGUAAGGUGUUUUACUGUGGUUGUCACUCAGGAACUCCCUUGCUUGAUGAGAAAGUCAGAAUCCUCUUGCCUUCUUGCCAUAGACAUUUCCCUCUGCUUUGUCCUAGAGCUAAACCAAAGCUGCUUCAUGCAGCGAUCGGCCUCAUGGCCAAGCCUGAGCCUGAGGGCCAGGGCAAGGGCAGAGGCAGCACUCAGAGCACCCCUUGGAUCAGGUGCUGUGGCACAGGAAGAGACAGUGCCCCCAAGGCAGUUUUCCUUCAGCAAGGAUGUGUCCUGCUCGGAGAAAGAGCUGCAGGACCUGAGGUCAGCUCCACGCUGGCUGCAAGAUGGGCUGCUUGGAUUUUGGGCGUCAUCCUUCCCUCCCUCACUGCAGCCUCCUGGAUCAACUGAGGCCCUUCUCCCAGCAGGAGCCGUUGUGCCUCCGGGCUCAGGAAAGCAGGGACACGAUGGCGCUGGGGCUCAGGCAGUGCUUUCACUCCCAGUCUCGGAGGUGCUGUGUCUCUGUCCAGGGCAGCCGCUCCUGCUCAGCUGCCUGGGGCUGCUGCCCUUCCCUGCAGCCCUCAGGCCUGCAAGGAACUGCUCCUGCCCUUGGCCUCACUGCUGAGCAAAGGCCUUGGGAAUGCCCCAUGUGGAGAAUCCUGCCUGCCAGCACCUUCCACAGCAGCCCUUGGGGCAGUGCUGGUGCUGUCCAGGCAGGCUGGUGGCACUGGAGCCGUGCUCUGGAGAAGGUGGCACCAGCUGGCUCUGGCCCAGGCAGGCGUGGAGGCUUUUGCUGUGCAGGUGCUGCAGCCCCGCUGGCAAUGCGAGGGCCAAGCCCUGCUGGAGAGCUGGCUGAAGGGCUGCUUCAGCCUCAUGCCCUGCAGGCUCUGCUAAUAAAGGAGUUGAUUUGGACCUCCCUGUUCUGUGUCCCCUUUGUGUUCAGAGCAGCCACAGCUGGGGGUGACUCGAGACAGGCAGGGGACAGGGAGUGGCACUGGGUGAAUUACUGAGGCCUGAACAACGGGCCCUGCCUUAGGCCUGAACGUUCGGCCCUGAGCCCAGGUUUCCCAGUGGGUGAACCUUUCCACCAUAAGUGAUGUGUAUCCACUCAUUAGGGAAGCAUUAUUAGCCAUAUGAUAAAUGUAUCUGCUCAUUAAUGAAGCAUCAUUAACAAUAAGAUCUAUGAAUGUGCUCAUUAGUGAAACGUGCAUUUAUCUCUCCAUAUUUACAAAUGGGACAAGAUCCAUGAAAUCUGACAUCUGUCCUUGUUUGGGGUUGUUGGAUCAAAGACAACUCCCUUGGUUCCUGCUUUAGCCCCGGCCAGGCUUUGGGAGGAACCCAAGAGGAGAAAGAAAGGAGAUGUUCCUGCCCUAGAAGUGAUGUCAGCUUGGUUAUUGAACAAUAUAAGAACAGGACCCUCUCACAGUGCAGUGGAAGCCUCGUUGCCUGCAGGUGGACGCCUCACAGAAAUUCCCAGUUGCCGAGAGGGGCUCUCUGUUCCUUCACUGUGACAGGGGCUCCCCAGCUGAUACGUGGAGCUGGAGGAUGGUAAAGUCUUGGGGUAACUGGAGAUGUAUUGUGUGUCAUCUCACUGUAUGCAAUCUUUUGUAGUAAUGAUGAUGUGCCUUGGGGAGCUCAUCCUUUUGUGAUUCUUGGCAGUUUUGCACUACAGUAAAUGACACCUCUUCCUUAA